UCACAAACUCCCCGCCUAAACAAAAGAUUUUGAAAUUGAAAUCUUCUACCCAUUAUUUCUACUUCAGAUCCCAAAAAUUAAAACCCAGUAAUCACCUCUCUCUCUCUCUCUCUCUCUCUAUCUAAAGAAAACCAUCAGAAAAGAAAUGGCGAAAGGAACGGUUGCUGUUAAAAGCAAAGCCACCAAAAAUUCUCCUCCUGCUCUGAACCACCCUCCUUACUUUGAGAUGAUAAGUGAAGCCAUAUCAACAUUAAAGGAAAGGACUGGAUCCAGCCAGCCAGCGAUUGCAAAGUUUAUAGAGCACAAAUAUAAAACUCAAUUGCCUCCUAAUUUCAAGAAACAGCUCUCUGUCCAGUUGAAAAAGUUUGUGAAAUCUGAAAAACUUGACAAGAUCAAGAAUUCUUACAAGAUUUCUUCUACUGAGAAGCUUAAACUGGUCAUCAGAGAAGCGCAGAAACCAAAGAGCGCAUUGGCACCUAAAGAAAAGGCUGCCAGGACUAAGAGGCUUGGCCAGGUUAAGACACCUGAUGUGUUAAAAAAGAAGGCAAAGAAGAAUAAUAAAGAUGUGAAGGGUGCAAAGAUGAAGAGACUGAGUCAAGUGAAGACACCAGAUGGGUUCGACAAGAAACAGAAUUCAAAGGCUAGGAAGUGACGUAGAAAUAUAAUGGUGGAUUAUUAGAUGUCGAUUGCUUUCAGUUAUUAAGAGAAGGAAGUCUUAAAGUUUGGUCUGUAGUUUCUUUUCUGCUUCUUUUAGACUUUAGAAAAGUUUGGUAGCAGCUAUAUGUUUGUCAAUGGUAAUUAAGGUUUGUAAUUUGCAACGUAGAAAUAGAUAGUUAUUUUGUUGAAGAUUUCAA